AUGGCAGAAAUAACCUGGCCAAGAAUCAAACAAUACCUCAAAUCCCAACUCCUCACCAGGCUGCCGACCCCAACCAAGUCCUUCGCGGGCCAGACAGUGAUAGUAACCGGCUCCAACACAGGCAUGGGCCUCGAAGCAGCCCGCCACCUCGUCCGCCUCGACGCCGCACGCGUGAUCCUCGCGGUCCGCAGCACCGCAAAGGGCGAAGCCGCCGCGGCCUCGAUCCGGUCCUCCUUCCCCGACAGGCGCCCGGAGGACCUCGACGCCGUUGUGCAGGUGUGGCCGCUCGACCUCGCCUCGCACGCGAGCGUGAAGGCCUUCGCGGCCAGGGCGGCGGCCGAGCUGGACCGCUUGGAUGUGGUGAUCAAUAAUGCCGGCAUGUACAUGUAUAAGAGCGGCUUCUCACUGGCCGAGGGGGACGAGGCGACGGUCACGGUGAACGUGGUCAGCACGCUGCUGCUGGGGUUGCUGCUGCUGCCCAAGCUGAGGGAGACGAGCAUGAAGUACAACAAGGAGUGUGUUUUGACAUUCACGGGGAGCUUUGUCCACUUGAUGACGGCCUUUCCAGAGGGGAGGAGUGAGAACAUAUUUGAGGCGCUGGCGGACGAGAAGGCGGCGAGGAUGCCUGAUAGGUACAACGUCUCCAAGCUGAUGGAGCUGCUCCUCGUCCGGGAGCUGGCCGGCCACAUCACCAAGUCGUCCAAGCCGGGCCGCGUAACGACGUCCAUCCUCAACCCUGGCUUCGUAAGAACGGAUAUCAUGAGGGACGCCAGCUGGCUGUUCCACAUCUACUAUGUCUGCCUCGCGGCCCUCAUGGCCAGGACUCCGGAGGAAGGAGGGCGGAUCCUCGUCAACGCAGCGGAAGGAGGCGAGGAGACACACGGGCAGUACCUCGAUGACUGCAAGGUCGGGACGCCAUCGACUUUUGUCAGAAGCCCAGAGGGCCAGAAGGUUGGGCAACAGCUCUGGUCGGAGUUGGCAGCGAAGCUUGAGGUCAUCCAUCCUGGUGUUGUAAACAAUGCGUGA